AUGGGUUGUAAUGAUAAAUAGUUAUUCUAAGUGAGAAAUAGUUUUUAUGAGUUAAUCAAAUUUACUAAGAAUAAUUUUCUUGAUUUUUAAUUGAAGAAGCAAGUACAACCAAUUUAAUAUUCUUUAUGUCAGUAUAAUUUAAACCAAUGUUCUUCAGUUCAUUUACAGAUAAGAAACAUAGGAAGAGUAAGAGAUAAUAACGAAAAUACAAUCAUAUCUAAAUCCUCAAUUAGGUUGAUUUAUUCAUUCUAAUGGUCGUUUGAAUUUAUGGCUAUUGAUUCUAUAGAAAACAGAAUAAAAAAAUGA